UCUGCUGAAGUCGCGCGCGGCUGUCACUUAACGGCAGUGUCUCUGUUUUCCUGUCAAAGUCACCACAGUCCCGUCGGUCCUGUUUAUUAUGGCGUUUUCUAGAAAAUGGAAAUAGUGUUCAGCCUUGUGUCGUUAACUGCCACGAAGGUUUUACAGUUCACCGGACUUACCGCCAACAGGAAUGAGCUGAGGACGAAGAAGAUGGAGGAGAAAGCGUUAGAAGUGUACGAUGUGAUCCGAUCGAUCCGUGACCCGGAGAAGCCCAACACCCUGGAGGAGCUGGACGUGGUGACGGAGAAAUGUGUGGAGGUCCAGGAGCUCGGAGAAGACGAGUACCUCAUCAUUAUCAAGUUCUCUCCAACCGUCCCUCACUGCUCUCUGGCCACUCUGAUCGGUCUGUGCUUACAAGUGAAGCUGCAGAGAUGUUUGCCAUUUAAACACAAGUUGGAAAUUUACAUUUCAGAGGGAACCCAUUCCACUGAGGAAGAUAUUAACAAACAGAUCAACGAUAAGGAGCGAGUAGCAGCCGCCAUGGAGAAUCCAAACCUGAGGGAGAUCGUGGAGCAGUGUGUCACCGAGCCUGAUGACUAACAGAGGGGGCUCCACCUAUCUGAAACAAACACGUUUUCUGGAGCCACAGUGCGUGUGUGUGUAUGUGUGUGUUGUAUGUGAGGAUGUUUGUUGCCACAGAGGAUUUCUGAGCAUCUGCCUGACGGCGGAGGCUCGUGUCGGCUCACAGGAGUUUGCUGGUGUUUGGAGGAAUUUCUGGAGAGUCUCCAGUGAGCAGAGUGAAUACUGAGCGGCGAAUGAAAGCUAAGAUGGGAGCUGGAAUAAAGCCACAGCUGUGUGUUGACUUUCUGAUCAUUCCCUGCUGGAUGGACAAACAGCAGCAGGUCUUUGUUGUCGUCUGAAUCAGACGCUGCAGAGGAAGUAGGCCAAGGUUUUCAUCUUUUCCUGUGGUGACUGUUUUAAGAAGCCUGUCCUUUUGUAAAUGAAAUCAUCCCCCGAAUCAGUCAGAUGCAAGUCUGAGUAGAGAGUCUGAAUAUUUUAGAGGUGAUUAUUUUUUAUAAAAAGAUGUGAUGUACAAAAAAAAAAUAAUCAGGUAUUAAAAACUGUCAACGAGA